AUGGCCGCCAUUCAAACCCUUCCUGACGAUGCCUUUGGCGACUUUGUGCGCAAUUGGGAUGAUGAGUGUGACCUCAAAAUGGUGGUGGAACCAUGCGAUAGAUAUGAUCCAGAAUCUACUUCGAGAGUCUUCUAUCCUAUCUGUCUUGGAGAAGUGCUUAACGGGAGAUAUCUUAUUGAACACAAGAUUGGCUUUGGUGGCGGGUCAACUGUAUGGAUGGCCCAUGACCUUCUGCAGAGGAAGGACGUUGCCCUCAAGGUCAUGGCCUUGGGGGAGUGGGCAGAGAACGAAAUUCGUAUGCAGAACGAGAUCUUUCAGCAUGUGCAGGAUACCUCGUCUCUGGUGACAUAUCUCGAUGCUUUCAUUCUCCCCAGAGACAAUGAUCAUCAUCAAGUCUUGGUAUUUCCCUUGAUGGGCCCAUGCGUUGACCCGGUUCUCCUGUUGAGAAUGCCUCCGACCGCUCGCAUGCCCGCUGCCCGAAAAUUGUUGGAGGCUCUGAAGAAGCUACAUCAAGCUGGCAUUGUGCAUCGUGACUUGAAUGAUAGGAACUGUAUGUGGGGAACGGCCCCUCUUCACCAUCUUAGCCGAAGUGCUAAGCACAAAGCACUUGGUCGGCCAUUGAGGCAAGUUAUAGAUGACAUUGACCUGUGGAAACGGGGCGAGCUUGUCCAGCCCCUUCAGGUCCCUGAGAGCCUACGGACCGAGGAUUUCUAUAUUGGAGACUUUGCCCUGGCAAAGAAGGUCGGCGCUGCCUGUGAUAUGUGGAGUUAUAUGAUUCUUUUUUCCGAGCUUUAUCUUGGUAUUCCACCGUUCAGUACUUUGUAUCCGGGUGGGAUUCUCAGUGCUAUUACCAAAAAUCUCGGACCCCUACCGGAAGAGUGGAAGGGUCUUUAUGUCUUCUCUGGAGGUCUUGAUUCGUGGUAUGACCAGAGUCAGGGGCCCGAUCCAGAUAGCUUAGAGUUUCUCGUUUCAUAUCACCGUCCCGAUGCCGACCCAACUGAACGACAGCAUUUGCUCAUUCUCAUGAAGAAAAUGUUUAUCUAUUGUCCGGAGGAGCGCCUGACCGCGACACAGCUCCUGCAGGAUCCUUCAUUCAAGGCGAUCAUGAACAAUCAUGGCUGUUGA